GGGAGCGCGCUCGCUCGCUGGCAGUGGCCGGGGCGGGGAGCGCCCGGUCCCUCCUCCUCCUCCUCCCAACCGCUCCUGCCCUCGCUGCCGCCACCCGCGCCCGCCGCCGAUGCCGGGACUGCGCCCGCGUUUGGAAAUUGAUUAAAGAUUCUCCAUAGAGUUCAGUAUGGCAUCAAAACAGUCAUCUCCCUCAUCAGAGGAGCAGGCUUCCUCUGAAAUAGAUGACCUCUAUUUGUCACUGCAAGUGCAGCGAGAGUUUACACAGAAGAAAACCUUCACUAGCUGGAUAAAUUCAAUAUUGGCAAAGCAUACAUCUCCUUAUGUUAUCUCAGACCUCUAUACAGACAUACAGCAAGGACAUUUGCUUUUGGAUCUGUUGGAAGUGCUUUCAGGUCAACAUCUGCCACGGGAAAAAGGAUUUAAUAUCUUCCAGUGCCGAAGUAACAUAGAAAAUGCUUUGACAUUUUUAAAGAGCAGAUCACUCAAGCUCAUAAAUAUUCAUGUUGCUGACAUUAUUGAAGGAAAACCUUCCAUUGUGCUUGGCCUAAUUUGGACAAUUAUAUUUCAUUUUCAUAUUGAAGAACUUGCCAGGACACUUGCUUGUACUUACAGUCAGCCUUCACUUGGUUGUUCAAGUGCUGUUGAUUCCUCUUCAAAGGCAAGCCCAUCAGCUAAGAAAAGUGCUAAAAUUAAGGAACGGUGGAAGAUGUCCGCUACAAAGGCUCUUUUGUUGUGGGCAAAAGAACAGUGUUCACUGCAUGGCUCUAUCAAUGUGACCGAUUUCAAGUCAAGCUGGAGAAGUGGUCUCCCUUUUUUAGCCAUUAUCCAGACCUUACGACCAGGUCUAGUUGAUUUGGAGAAGGCAAAAGCUAGAAGCAAUAAAGAAAACCUGAAAGAGGCUUUCAGAAUUGCAGAACUGGAGCUGAAUAUUCCACGGCUUCUUGAACCUGAAGAUGUUGACAUUAUGAAUCCAGAUGAAAAAUCCAUCAUGACUUAUGUGGCUCAGUUUUUGCAAUACUCCAGGAAUUCACCCAAGUCUGAAGAAGACAUGCAGGAAGUAGUAAGAGAGGCCAAAAGCUGGUUGGCUGCACAGGAGAAGAAGUUAGCGAAGUUGCUGAUCGAUACAGAGAAUGAAACAUAUUAUCAGAAGUACCAAGAAAUGAUGUCAUUUAUGGAAGCAUUUAACCAAGGCAAAAAACCCUUUCUGCCUGUGUUGUCAUCAAAAAGAAGUGAAGCUGAGCUGGUCGAGGGCCAGCAGCAGAUAAUAGAAGAGUGGGAUAAACUGAUCUCUCAGAUUAAUGAAUGGAAAGUGAAGCUAGACCAGAUGUUGCCCUCCCCUCUGGAUAGCAUUGAGGCUUGGCUUCAGGAAUUAGAACAUCUGGAGGCAGAAGAUUUGCCUGAUUUACAGGACCCAUUUAAAGCAAUGUUUGUCUUCAGAGAAAUCAUUGUAAUGUUUAAGGGCUUGAUGGAUUGCUUUGAUUCUCACUUGGAUGCCCUUCAAUCAUUUAAGAAUGAAGAUGAGAAGAAUACCCCACUAGUCCUGCCUGAAAAGUUAGAGGAAAUGAAAAGAAGAUUCAGCAAUAUUCGUUUCACAAACUUCAACGCCUUGCUUGAAUACCACUAUGGACUGUGCUCAGCUAUAGCCAAUGAGGUGAUGUUAAAGCUAAAUAUCUGGGACAUGAAAUAUGGUGCAAAAGACUCUGUGGAAUCACUGCUGGAAAGUUGGAAUAAUUUCAUUGAAGAAAAGAGACUUGAAGCACAGCUAGAAACUGCUACUCAGAUCUGUGAAGAUUUGAAAAACAAAAACAUAACCGGUCCUGACUUAGCUGGAAAUCCUCAAGAAAUUAGCAAACUCUUUAAGACAGUGGAGUCAAAGAUUUCUGUGUGCAGAGACUAUAUUUCCAAUGUAAAUAGCACUCUACAGAAAGUCCUGUCUUCCUGGAGUAAUUAUAUGGAAAACAUCCAUUUGCUAAAGACGUGGCUGGAAGAAAAACGAAAUGAGCAUCCAAAUGAGAUCCCUGCUGAGAUCCUGGCAAAGUGGAAUUUGGUUCAUGGUUCCUUAAAUGAAGCUGGUAACUAUCUCAUUGAAGUCAGCAAAGACCAAGUUGGAUCGAAUAUUGCCAAAGAGCUGAAGAAGUUGAACAGGAGAUGGGCUAAGUUCAUCAAGAGAACACAGUUUCUUGGUGAAGAGGGCACAGAUACUGCUGAAAAGACCAGAGAACUUCCAGGGAGCUUGGAGAAAAUAGAAGAACUCCUUGCCAGGGUGGACAGCUGGACAGCAGAGACCAGGCUCCUGCUUAGUGAGAUCAGUCAUGAGGGGCCUGUUGAGCCUGAGACAGAGGAACAUUUGCAGAGCUUGGCUGCAAGGGGAACUUCAUGCCGAGAACAAGUUGUGGCAGCAGAAGAGAGAUUGCAGUCCCUGGUGCAGAAUGUUUCAAGUCAGGUGUCCCAACAACAUUCUUAUGCUGGGCUGCAGGCACAAAUUAAAGAGGCCAAAGACAAAAUAGAGGCUGUCAUGGGUGACAUGAACAGCAUCUUGUCUAAAUCUGAGAAGAGACCCGCAGAGAAGGAGGCUGUGCUCAAUUUUGAAGAAUCCCAGAAAGAACUAGAGGCCUUCAUUUCAAAGGCUGUGCAACUUGUCAGUCAAAAGUUCAGUCCUGAAGAAUCUAUUUCAAGAUAUGAGGAAUUUUAUAAUUCCCUGGACAAUAAAGCUCUUGACAAAUUUUUGAAAACAGCUGAACAACUGAAAAAUAUUUCAUCAGAUUGUGAAAAGCUGGCAGUGGAAGAAAAGAGUAAAGAUGUUCGUAAAAGAUGGGAGGCAGUUCAUCAUGAAAUUACAACCUGCCUCCAGCUCAUAGUAGAAAGGGAAAAAAAGAAAUUUAAUGCAACUUUAAAAAAAAUCAAUAAGCAAUUAGGCAAAGAGAAGAAACUCCUAAGUAUGGAUAAAACCAAAGGGCUCAUCAAGGAACAUGAGGCCUUUUUUUCACAUGAAGGCAGCCUGAGGGAACUUAGCAAGACAUUAGAAGACCUCAAAAUACUGGGAAGACUACUAGAAGAAACUGUCCCAGGGAUACAAACACUGACUGCAGACUGUGAACAAAAGCUGGAAAAGAUUCAACAAAUUGUGGCAGAUACUCACACAGCUCUGCUGUCUCGAGCUGGAAAAGGACAGUCAUCUAAGAAAGGGAGCUCCAUUACUGCUGCUGAGAAUGGAGAAAACCCCAGUUCUUCUCAACAAAUAGAUAUUGUUUCAGUACAGGAGUCCUCAAGACCUGUUGCAGAUACAAUUUUGGAACCAGAUGUGAAACAUCACAAUGGAGAAAGCUGUGCAAAGAAAUUUGAGGAAGACAGUGAUUUGUCCGUAUCAGCUUUAUUAGAGAGCUAUAAUACACAGGUAAGGAACGUGGAGGAACUUUUACGAAUCAGCAGAGAUAAAGUAGCAUCUGGCUUUACUGAUGAAAUAAAAGGCACUUCGUGCCUUCAGAAUAAGCUGAUGGAGCUGCAGGUGAUAGAGAGUGAAACCAGUUCUGGUUGGGCACAAUUGGAAAAUAUCUCCUCUACCUUAGAAAAUCUUGUGGUUGAAGCACAGCAGGCUGCUAUCUCUGAGACAAGAGGCAAACUGAAAGAAGAAUGGAAAGAGCUUCAAGAUAUUAUAAAUACCAGAACAAACUCAUUAAGGACUGCAUUGGAAAUUGUUUUGCCAAUAGAAAAUGAAUCCAUUCUUCUAUGUGAAUUAGAUCAGCGGCUGAAAAAAAAGGACAUCCAGCGGUUUAAUCUGAUCAAUAGUGAUCUUGCUUAUAGGGAGCUAAAGGAACUGCAGAGAUCCAUAUUAAAUCAGAUUGAAGUGUGCAAACAGUUGGAACACCUUGAUAGUUCAGCAAGAGAUGAAUUUAAUCCAAUAGAUCUGCAAGCUGCAAGUAAAAUUAUGAUUUACUAUCAAAAUCUGUUCGAAGAAAUGAGCCAUAAAAUGCAGAUCCGUGAGACAGUCCUUAAAGAUCUGGAAAUUUUCAUGGCCUCAUUGAGGAAGAUUCAGUGUUCCAUAAAAUGCCUCACAGAUCCCCCCGGUGAGCCUGAAAUACAUGGAAAAGCAUUGAGAGAGGCUGCACAAGAAGUUUCUCGUAUGGCAGAAGAGGCCAAAUGUUUGGAUGAACGCUUGAAAACAGUUGAUAUCUCUUUGGAAGAUUCUGAAUGUGGGAGAAAGACUUGCUGUGAAAACCUUGUUCUGACUUUAUCUGAAGAGCUAAAUGUGACUUAUGAUCCCUCAAGGGAGCAGAUACUUACAGACGAAAAAGAUUUGUACAAGACUUUUUCUGCAAAAAACAAUGAACUCCUUAAAACCAUUCAGGAUCUACGUGGCAGAAUUAACAAAAUAGGCUUGAAGGAUCCAACAGUUCCAGCUAUUCAACAAAGGGUAAAAUCGUUAACAGAAUUGGAAGAAGAAUUGGAUUGUGCUGCUGUUGAAAUGAAACCUAUGCAAGAAAUUGCUAAUAAGCUCCUACAGAUCAAAGAGGAAAAAGCAGAGGAAGCAAACGAACAGUGCAGAGUUACAGAGAGAUUAUGGGAGGAUACAAAAUUCUUGCUUGCUGAAUGCCAGGAGCAGUGUGCAAGGGCUCUGGAGCUCCUGAAGCAGUAUCAAAGCUGCAAAACUAGUCUGACCAGCAUCAUCCAGAAACAGGAGAUUGUGCUUUCCCAGCAAACUUCUUACAUGGGGAAGGAGAAUUUGAACAGACUAAUAACAAAGAUUGAAGAGGCAAAAGAGGAAUUUAAUGAUCAUGCUGAAGAUGUAGACAAAAUAAAUCAGAUCUGCAAAAAUCUUCAAUUCCAGCUCAAUAAAAUGAGAAGCUUCGAGGAGCCUCCAUUUGAGAAUGAGGCUAACAUUAUUGUGGACAGAUGGCUGGAUAUCAAUGAAAAGACUGAAAACUACUGUGAUAAUUUGGGAAGAGCUCAGGCUUUGUGGGACAAACUUCUUAGUUUAUCUGGCACAAUCGACGCUUGGGCACAUGCAGAGCUUAAGAACGCAGAAGCCCAUUGUCUGACUGAAGAGAACCUUACACAGUUGAAGGCAUGCUUACAAGCCCAAGAGGAGAAACUGCAGAAAUUUGACAACACAGUGGCUGAGAUAGAAGAACUUCUAAAUAGUAAUGAACCUCCACUGGAGCUACAGGUCAUCAGAUCAUCUGUUGUGCAAAAAAUGGAGCUAAUAAAAGAGCUCUUGUCAACGAAGAGGGGGACCAGCGAACUCAGCUUGAAUACAGCAGAACUAAAAGGAGACCUUGAUUUGGCCAAGACACAGAUUGGAAUGACUGAAUCUCUUUUAAAAGCUUUAUCUCCUUCUGACACCUUAGAGAUCUUUACUAAGUUAGAGGAGAUACACCAGAAAAUUCUGCAACAAGAACACUAUGUGACAUUACUCCAAGAAGAGACAGAUUGUCCUGAUGUGGAUGAAUUAAAUAAGCAGCUUAAAUGUGUCACUGAUUUAUUUAAUAAGAAGAAACAUGUGUUUCAAGAUCACUUUAUUGGUGUUCUGAAUCGUCAGUGCAAGAAUUUCAAUGACUGGUUCAGUAGCACUCAGCUGUCUUUGAAGGACUGCUUUGAUCCAUCAGAAACAAAACCGAUACUGGAAGAAAGACUGCAGAGGCUAAAGCACUUCCUAACAUCUGAAGGUAAAGACAGAGAUAUCCAAGAGGUUAAAACUUUGUUGAAUAAAGUGAAGCAUUACUUACCCAAAGCAAGCAUUAACCACCUUAACAGCCGUGUGAGAGAUCAAGAAGCAGAACUACAAAGACUGAUUUCCAAAUGUCAGAAACGGGCAAAGGAACUUGGUGCUUCUCUCCAGCAGCUCAGUAGCCUUGAAGAAAGCAGUACAGUGUUGGAAGGAUGGCUCACUGCUCAGGAAGAAAAACUGAAAGAGACCAAAAACGAUGAGACAAAACUUGAAAAUUUGUAUAGAACACUGUUAAUGCAGAGAAAACCAUUUGACUCCAUGGCUCAGCUUGCAAGUUCCUUGAGGGAGGCUGGGCUAACAGAAUAUCAAACUGUUUCAGAAGCCAGUGGUCUUAUUAGUAGAUACCAGACACUGAUAACACAUGUAAGUGAAAAGGCAGGGAAUACCGAGAGACUUCCUGUGGAAGGACAGAAUUUUGAAGAACUUGCCCAGGAUGUUUCUUGCUGGAUCAAAAAGCUCGAGGAGGCUAUUAAUAAGCUGAGUUCACAGGAAAGGGAGUUGCCAUCAGACGAAAGGAUUAAUCAAGUAAAGGAAAUCACAGCUCUCAAAGAUGCAGGAGAGGCCAAAAUACAGAACAUGGUAGCUCUAGGAGAAACUUUAAUGAGAAAUGAAAAAAAUAAAAAGCCAGCGGUUCAGCAGACUAUUUCUGAGCUCCAGCACAAGUGGGAAAGCACCUGUCAUCUAGCCACAGAAUACAAAAGUCCUCAGGAGCAACUUCAGUUCAACAGGGAACAAUAUGAACAAAGCAAAGAAGAUCUGAGACUGGCUUUAACCAAUCUGGAGAAACAGCAACAGGAGAUAGGUUUUGCCCUUCAACCUGGUUUACAAGAGAAGCAAGCUCAGCUGACAAACUAUUCCAGCCUCCUGCAGAAAGCAGAAGAUUUGACUUCCCUAUUUAAUGAAUUGAAAAGCCAAGAAGAUCACCUACAGGGUCAUGCUGGGGAUCCUUGCUUCACAGAGUCGGAAUGGUUGGAAUUAAAGCAACAACAUGAAAAUCUGCUUAGCCAGCUACAGACCAUAGUGCAGACAUUAGAAGGUCACGUUCAAGAGCACCAGGAGUUUCAGGAUAUGGUAUCAGGCCUAAGCACUGAGUUGAAAACUGCCUCUGAGAAGCUUGCUGACUGUGAAGGUCCAGCAACAGAGCAACCAUCAGCAGAGCAAGCCCAGUUGAAAUCACAGGAACAACAAGGACCUCUUAGUAGAGGCGAAGACACGUUAAAGAAGAUUUUGGUUGUAGCAGAAACUGUUAAACAAAACACCUCUUCAUCAGGACCGAAGUUUAUUAAGGGUGAGAUUGAAACACUUCAGAGUGAACACAAAAGUCUGGAAGAGAGACUUGAAAAUGUCAAGCAAAAGAAAGAAAAUGUUUCAAGUGGAGCCCUUGAGUUUAAAGAUGUGUUUGGUACUGAAAUACAGAUGAAAGAUAAGGCAGGUACAAUGUUGAAGAGAGACAUACAGGUCACUUCUGAUACUCCUGUUGCUGCAGAAGAGAGCCUGACUGCACUGGAGUUAAAGGAGCCUUCAGAAAAGCAUGAUGGUCAAGAUGUAAAUGGAAAUAUGCCAGAGAAAGAGAAGCAAAAUGAUCCACUUUUGGAGGAAAACAGUGUAUUGUCAGACAGCCCUUUACAGGGUGUCUGUCAAAGCAAGGAUAAAUUGGGGCAGACUGUUCAGGGGGAUGCCGAUAAAAAGAGCCCAAGUAUGCAAAAGCGUGGUAGGGUUCAAGAUGAAGUUCUGGACAAUGCAGCUCAGGGUGAUGAAGCAGAACUGCAAGGACAUCAGAAUGGUGUUGGUAUUGAAGGUGAUGACACAAGAAAGGCAACCCAUCCAGCAGAGGAGAAAUGUAAUGAUGUCAAGAAUCAAUCAUAUAAAGAAGACAUGGAACAGGUUCAACAAAAGGUGUGCCAGAAGAGUUGUGUCCCAGAAUCUUCAGCAGCUGAGAAAGAUAGUCUGCAACCUAAUCCCUCAGUUUUUGCACAUCAGGACACAGAUGCAGAAGCGGUUGUCCAGAAGGAGCUACUUCCUGGAGUGCAAGUAAACACUGAAUAUUUUGAAGAGGAACAAAAGGUCAAGGAACUGAAAAAUGAAGUAGCUGAACUGGAUAUUGUGCUUAUAAAUGAACAAUUAAAAGAGCUGGAGAAUUUACAAGCUGAACUGGAAACGUGGAAGGCAAAAUCUUUGUGUCAUAGUCAGGAAGCUUUUCCCAAUGCAACAGGAUCAAACAGAGCAGGUCUACAAACCACAGAUUCCACAGUGCCCUGCUGGGACAGGCUGCUUCAAGAACUUGAUGCUGUUAAGGCAGUGAAGCAACAACACUACUGUUUAAUUAACGAGUACCAGAAAAAUCUUUCUGCUGCACAGUCCUCAAUGAAAAGUCUGUCAACAGAAAAAGAUAACAUAAAGCUGGGCCCUAUGAACAACACAGUUCUUCUGGAGAAAAUUAAGGCAUGCAUAGGGUCCUUAAAAAAAGAAAGAGAUGUCUUAAACCAGUUGAAGACUCAGCAAGAAAGUUUAUCUCAGCAUUUAACAUGCAUGGAUAAAGUGUUAACUGAAAGCCAAAUGAGGCAACUGGAACAAUGGUGGCAACACAUGGAACAAACAGUGCAAAAGAAACAUGAUCAAGUUGUAGCAGAAAUCGAUGAAUUUAACCUGCUUAUGGAUAAAGCACGUGAUAUUCAGAGGCUGAUACAAGAACAGUAUGUACAAGCAGAGUUACAUUCCUCAGCUGCAGGAAAAGCCAAUUACCCUGUACUUUGGACUACAGAGCUACAGGACAUUAAACAUGGUCUUUCUCUAUUAAAAAGAAGGAUUGAACUUCAGAUGAAAAGAAUUUGGAGUGAUCAAGAGAAGGUAGCUUUGGAGAACUCUGUACAUGAUUUGCAGAGCAAAUUGGAAGCAUUAUCAGGACAACAAACUCUUCGAGAGGAUGUUCAGGUCACUGGUCCUGCUCUCAUAAAAAAUGAAAUUAUGAAGAAGCUGAAAGAAAAUAUUUCAUGGGUCAAAGAUUCACUGUCCUCUCUUGAUCAAAAAGCAGCACUUUUUCCCAGUGAUGUUAAAUCACAAAUCAGAAGUUGUCAGCUUCUGAUCACAGAAGUUCAAAACAGAGAACCUGUGAUUCUAUCACUGAAUUAUGGGCUCCAGCACAUCAUUCCCAGCUUAAAGCCAGAGGAGAGCUCUGAUAUGACCUUCCUUGUACAAACAUUGCAGAAUUCAUACAAGGCUCUUGUUUUAAAAUCAGCUCAAAGAUUACAGCACCUAGAGCUCCAGCUGGAGGAGAGGCAAAAACUGAUUGCAGAAAUAGAAAAGGUUCACUGUCAGCUUCGCAAUGCUGAGAUUCUUGCCAGGCCUGACAUGAACCAAAGCAGCACGUGGUCAGAGUUAAUCAAUCAACAAGCCAUUUUAAAGGAGAUUUUAAAGGAUAUACAGGAAAUAGAAGGGCUGAUCUCAUCCCACUGUACAGAAAGCCAGAUCACAGCUGGGGAACUGAGCCUGUCUGAACAACUAUUUUUGAUUGAUCAGUUAAGAAGUCUGAAGAACAGAGCAAGGAAGACACAGGGGCAAAUUCAGAGUAAGCUUCAUGAAGUAGAAAGAAAGAUAGUUGUCUACAAAGAGUUUGCUGAAGGAGUAAUUUUACUGCAGAGAGAUCUUAAUGAUCUACAUUCUGGUGAAAUUAACCUGGAAGAAGAUGAAUUAUUAGGUGCCCAGGUGGAAGUGAAGGAUAAAUGCAAGGCACUUCAAGAAAAAGCAAUAGCAUUUCAAUCCAAUUUGUCACAAAUAAUGAAGUACAAAGAGAUCUUUGAAUGUGUAGGCCUAAAAUGGGACUCACUGCAGCUGGAUGAAUUGCAAACUAAUUUUUUUAAAAUUAAAAAUAAAAUUAAAGGGAAGAUAAUACAUUUUGAUAAUGUUGUUAGGGAAUAUGAUAAGGUUCAAGCACUGCUAAAUGAAAUCCAGACUGUGAUAUCCACUGUAAGAAAAGAAGCUAACAUGCUAAAUGAUAGCUCUAGCUCUUCUGCUGAGGAUCUUAUAUCUGCCCUGAUUCUGUUUCAGACAGUUCAUCAAAUACUGUACUUAAUCCAGGAGGCAACAAAUCAAUUAAACAAAAAUGAGGUCUUUGAUACACCAUUCAAAGAAUCUAAGAGGAAAGAAAUAAAGAACCUGGAGAAGGAUGUUGAGGAAUUGAAUCGGCUUCUUAAAAACUUGGUCUCUGGUCUCCAGGUUGUAAGCAAGGAAGGUAGUCAGAAUGAAUCAGAACAUCUAUCCCACAUCAUAAAGUAUAUUCAAUCAGAACUCCAGCAGCCACUUCUGGUAGAUAUAAAAACAAUGCAGUAUGAAAAAAUACGAUGGGAAGCAAUUCAGGAUAUGAUCCAAACAAAAUUUUCUGCUAUUAAAUGUGUAAUGGAAAAAGAAAGGGAAAAACCAGAAGAAAAAUCUAUUGCUGCUGGUACAGAUGCAAAAUUAGAGACACUGCAAGAUCAUGGAAUACAGCUGAAGACAGGCAUUGCUGCCCGUGUUAGUACCCUGGAGGAGGCAUGUAAGACUGGUGAGCUUUAUACCACGGCUGUUCAAAGAGCUGCCAGGUUGCUUGAGGACUACAAAACUCAAGUCCAGUCUGGCGCACCAGAGCUCAGUAGCUCAGAGGAGGGCUAUCAGACCCCACAAUGGGAACCAGAAGUGUUCAACUCUGCAAAGGCUAAUAUAGAAAACCUGUACUCCAAGCUGAAAAACCUAGUGAAACCAGAAGACAAAACAUAUCUGGAAAAUACUUUAACAGAACUAAUCGACAAGAGUUUGUCAUUAAGGAAUAAAGCUCACAGAAAGGAAGCUGAUGAACAGAGGUAUUUAGAAAAAUACAAAAGCUACAUAAAAACCAAAGAUAAAGUGUGUGAUAAUCUUAACAGACUGGAAAAGAUGCUUAGACAGUCUUUGUCCCAGUCACCGAUGUCUUAUAAAGAAGCUUUGGACCACUUAGAAGAAAGCAAGAUUUUAGUCUCCAACAUUGAGUCGGCUGAAGAUGAUCUUGUGAAGCUGAGGCAGGUCUCUGGAGAGCUGAUGAGAUUAUGCAGGAGAAGUGACAGGGCCCUGGGCAGGAUGGUGACAGCACUGUGGGAAAAUUGGCUGGGUUUGCUUGAGGUGGCAAAAGGGCUGGAAAUAAACUGUGAAGAACUAAAGCAGGAAUGGAAAUUCAUCAGUGAAGAGCUGGAACGAGAAACAAUAAUUCUCGAUAAGCUCCAGGAAGAACAGCCAGAAGGUCUUAAAGAGAAAGAAAAGGCCACCAGAGAGGAACUGGUAGAAUUACUAGAUUUUGUGAACUCAUUUGAGGAAAAUAUCGACCAGCAACAGCUCCUCUUACUCCUACUUCUUCACCGAAUAAGAAACAUCCUGAAUACAUCUGAAAAUACUGAGGCAGAAGCUGCCCUUCCUGCUUUAUGUGAGAUAAAGGCAAUGCAAGAUCGCUGUAAAAAGCUGUAUGAAAAGAUCCAGGACCAUAAGGAUUCUGUACAAGCUGAGAUUCAACAGAGGAACAAGUUUGCUGAAGAAAUAAGUGCUGUGACACAUGCAUUACAGAAUGCUGCUGUGUUACUACAAGGUGCUUCUGGAAAGCCAGGACAGUUGGAGGAGAUUCAGAAUGUGAUUGGUAAAGAAAGUCAAACUCUAAAGGACAUCAUGGAGAAACUCCGGAUCAAAUAUUCUGAGUUGCAUACAAUAAUUCCUGCAGAGAUCGAAACGCAGUUGGAGGACUGCAAGAAAGUAUUGCAAGACCUAGAAGACAAGGUGAGCUUUGAAAUCUUGCAGAGCUCUCCUCAGAAUGUGCUGAAAAGAAAAGCAGAAACUAUUAACAAUGGCCUUCAAGCUAUUGAAAAGAUGUUGCAACAGAAGAAUGAAAACAUUGCAAAAGCCAAAGAAGUUCAGAAGCAAAUCUGGGAUAUGCUGGACCUUUGGCAUUACAAACUCAAUGAACUGGAUGCAGAAGUGCAUGAUAUAGUAGAGCAAAAUUCCUGCCAUGCACAAGAGUUGAUGGAUAUCUUAGUGUCCCCCCUUCAGCAGUACCAACAGGUCUCACAACUUGCAGAGCGCAGAACUGCCAUUUUGAACAAGGCUGCCAACAAGAUGGAAGAAUACAAUGAACUCCUGAAAAAUGUGAAAGUUUGGAUAGAAAACACCAACUGCUUGCUAAGAGCAGAUGCUCAAAAUGACUCUGCUAAAAGCUUAUGCAAACAUACUAGUGAUCUUCAGAUGGCUUUGGAAGACUCAGAGCAAAAGCAAAAUCUUCUACGCAGUGUUUACUUGGAGCUGGAGGAGCUAACACCAGUCUUUGAAACAGACAGUGUAAUGCAGCAGCUAAAUGAAAUAGAUGAGCAAGUAGCAACUUUACAGCAUGAGAUAGCAGAGAUUCUUCCACAGAUCCAGCAUGUGGCUGACGAAUUGGAUGCCAUUGAAUCUCACAUUAAAGUGUUUGAGAAGGACAUUGUCAAAAUGAAGACAAGCCUGUCAUCUGAAGAUCUGUUAGAAUUUUCUCCUAAAGACCAACUUAAACAUGGACAGGUUAUACUGGACCAUGUUGGUCCCAUGAUGAAAAGCAUUGUACAUAUACAGUCCUAUGAAGAUACGCUACUGCUACCAGGAGUGAAAAUGCAACCUUUCUCAGUCUUUCAGAGAGCAAGGCAGCUUUUGAAAGAAUUGAAGAAAUUAGAAAAAAUUACUAAAGAACAAAAUGAUCUUCUGGAGGAAGCUGUAAAGAAAACAGAAGAAUGUGAGCAAGAAAUGGAAAAGUUGAAACAAUUCCUAAAGAACCCCUUAGUAGAAAUAUCGCAAGAAGAUAAAUCACUGUCUCAGAAGACUCAUUGUCCAGAGGGAGACAUGGAAGCUGUAAAAGAAGAAAUCAUAAAGCUGUGCCAAAGAAAGGAAGAUAUCCUUACUGGAAUGAAGAAUUCAAUGUCUGAGCUUCACCAGCGCUUACAGCAAGAAGUGCCUGAAUCAGAAGAUGAACCUACAGCCUCUGUAUUAGCACAAAGUGACUUGGUUAGGACUGAUGUUUCUGGUCAGUGGUUGAAAAAAAGAGGAAUGAUGUCUCUUCUACCUUCCUUGGAUGAAGAAUCAGAAGACUGUUCUUUCCACAGCAAGGGAGGUACAGACACAGAGAAAGAUGCAAAUUUCUGGCCUUUGGAAAGGGAUGAUGAAAAGCACAAAGACAGUGCAACCUCCUGGUCUUCUGGUACCUUGUCGGAUGGCCUCGUUCAGGAUGUUGAUGACAUGAUGGAAUUGAACAAUAAACAUGGUGAGGAAACUUCUAUGCAAGCUUUGCAGAGUACUGAAGACCCUGGUGCAGGUGAUGGCAGUUAUGCUAUGAGUGACAAGCCGCCUCAUAUCCCUGACAUCACCUGGGGCUCUCGAGGGAAAGCUGUGGGUCCCAGCAGGUUGGAACCAGAAAAGAUCCUCCAGAUGUGCCAUGCCCAAGUUGCUGAGGUGAAGCAGUGGCUAGACAAAACUAAAGUGUCCCUGAAGUCAGACCCCCAGACCCCCAAAAUGCAGCAUGCGGUGGAAAUGCAGCUGGCCUAUUACCAGGUGGUGAUAGCAGACAUUGAACUAAAGAUCCCUAAUUUAAUGGAAGAUUCUGAGGCUAGUGCAGACUAUGAACAAGAAGUAGAAGCUCUUUCCCUGAAGCUGAAGGAAGUGAAGUGCAGCUUGGAAGAACUCCAGAUGAUGCUUCAAGAAAAAUGCAAUGAAGAACAGCAUCCAGAACUAAAAGCAGCUGCACAGAAAAGCCUCUUUGACUUCAUUGAGUUGUGCAUGGAAAAACUGCAGCCACAAGUUGAGGACAGUGUGACUUCAAAAUUAGAAUCAAGCAAUGGAGAAUCUGAUCCAGAGAGCAAACCGGCUGAUUCCACUUUAGUUCCAAAGGACCAAAGUGGUAAUAAAUGGCAGUAUUUACAACAAGAGCUGUCAUCAAAGAUGAAAUCUCCUCUCUGCCAAAUUGUGGAACCUCAGAUUACAGCAAAGAUGAACAUGCUACCCCGAGGCAUAUUUGCUAGUGCAGGAACCCCCACUGUGGAAGAGCUGAAAACUUACACUGUCCAGCUGGGGGACCUAAGCCAAGAAGCAAAUGUGGUUCAUACACAGGAUAAUGUUGCAGAGGAAGUCUCUUCUUAUUUGGACAGAAAAUUAUUUGAACUGCUUCUGGCAAUCAGCCAGUGUUUGAAUAACAUGGAGGAGAUGCUAAACACCUCUGUUCUCUCUGCUGAAGAGGCACGUGUGCAGCAGGCUCUUUACGAGACUCUUUCUGUGGAGCUGCAAAAACUUCACACUGAUCUGAGUGAUAAAAAGGAUGAUCUAAAGUCUGCUAUCCAUGCUGGUGGGAGCACAGAUGUGUUCUCUGAGUGCUUUAACGACUUGCAAGCAUGGCUGGAACAAACUCAAGCUGCCGCUGCUUUAAGGAGCAACUCAAUGAAAGCUGGGCUGGAUCAUAAUAGCAAUUACGAGAAUGAAACCAGGCUGCUUUAUGAUCAGUUAACUGAGAAAAAGGCUGCUUUGCAGCAAUGCUUGAACGCAAUACAUGGACAUAAUAUUUCUGAACAGCUUCAGAAAACUGAUGCCUGUGCUUUGGAGCUGCAAGACCUUGAAAAACAAGUAGCAAAACUGAGAGGCCAUGGGGAAAGACUUCAGUUACCUAUCACCUUAAUCCAGGAAGUUUAUAAAUUAGAGGAUGUUUUGGACGACAUGUGGGGGAUCCUGAAAAGAAAGUAUGAGGAGCUGAACUCUACUUCCAUCAGUAGAAGCCAGUAUGAGAAGUUACUGCAUGGAUUUGCAGAGCUGGUAGCUAUUGGACAGGAGAAAAUUGCACAAGAUCCAAAGCAGCUAAUCAAAAGCAGAGCAGCUCUACAGUCUCACCUGGAAGAUCACAAGGACUUUUUCCGCAGCCUGGUGACCCACAUGGCUUUCAUACAAGUGUUUUCAAAGAGAGUGAGUCCUUCCAUCCUACAAAACAAAGAGGAAUUUUGGAGAGAGAUGGUGAAUGAAGUCACAUUGCUGGAGCAGAAGGCUUGCCAGUAUGGUAUACACUUAGAGAGCUUGUUAAAGGAAUGGAUGGAGUUUGAUGAUGAAUACCUAGUUUUGAGUAAGGAGAUGGAGGCAAUUACCUCUACGUUGCCUUCUGUGAACUUGGUUGAUGAAACAGAAGAAAGAUUGAUGGAAAGGAUUGCACUUCUGGAGCAAAUCAAAACCAAUGUCAAUGAAAAGCAUGCCAGGCUGUACCAGAUGGUGAAAGAAGGGAAGAAAUUGCUGACUGCUGUGAGCUGUCCAGAAAUAAGCUACCAGAUUGGGAAGCUGGAAGAGCAGUGGUUAUCUUUAACCAAAAAAGUUGGCCAUGAGCUACACCGACUGCAAACAUUACUCAAACUCUUGGUCAGCUACAGCAGACACUCAGAGGACCUAAUGAAAUGGCUGGAUUCUGCUCAGCAAAGAAUGAUUUUUUUGAAGGAGGAGUCUCUCAGUGUGGCACAAGAUCCUGUUACCAUCAAGAAUAACAUCAAGAGCUUGUUUACAUUAUCUAAGGAGAUUGAUGAAAAAUCUUCCCUGAAGUCAUCUGUGGUGAGCACUGCCAACCAGCUCUUCCACAUGAAGCAAGGUGAUACUGCAGCAAUUAAGUCAUCUUUGGCAAAGAUUGAGCAAGAAUGGGGAGAACUGAUUACACAGCUCCCAGCCAUCCAAGAAAAGCUUCACCAGCUUCAGAUGGAAAAACGUUCAUCACUGGAAGCUGUUGUUGACCUAAUGAGCUGGCUGUACAAUGUGGAAUUUGAGCAGAAAUACAAGGAGCCAAUAAAUGCACAGUGGAGUGCUGCCCAAGUCAGAAAUCUCCUUCAGAAGUACAAGGAAUAUAUGAUGGAAAUGAACGUUAAACAGUGGACAGUAGAUUUUGUUAACCAAUCACUCCUGCAGAUGAGCACUUGUGAUGUGGAAAGCAAGAGAUACGAAAGGACAGAAUUUGCAGAGUAUCUUGGAGAAAUGAACCUGCAGUGGCACAGGAUGCAGGCAUCUCUGAACAGAAAGAUACAAGACCUGGAAGAUGUUUUGGAGGAUAUUACUGAAAAUGAGAACAAGGCACAGAAUCUACACAAUUGGCUGGAAGCUCAGAGUGAGCGACUGAGGUCUUUACAAACUCCAGCAAGUCUGAUCUCUGCACAGAACACAUUAGAUGAUUGCAAGGAGCUAGAAGAUCAACUUGCAGCUAAAUCCAGAACUCUUGAUGAGCUCAAACAGUGUUGGGGCUUGAAUAGUAAUGCAGAACAAACCCCGGAAGCUCAGCGUGUCACAUUAGCUGAGCUGAGUGAAAUGCUGAACAGCCUUACAAACCAGGUUGCACAGUUAAAGACCUCAAUGCAGUCAAUACUGGAGCAGUGGAGAGUAUAUGAAGAAGCUUAUGAAGAAGUCAGCCUGAUGACGACAAGAUAUUUGUACUGCAUAGACCAGUGUAAACCUUCUGAGGUGUCAUUGGAAGCUUUGAAAAACCAGGUCAAAACUCUUCAGUCUCUUCAAGAUGAAUCAGAGAACAAUGAAGAAUGUUUGGCCAAGCUCCAGGCUGCUGCCAGUAACCUGAAGAAGAAGUGCUCUCCCUCCUUUGCAGAGAUUAUUGAAUGGAAGUACACGGAGGCACACACUAGGUGGAACUCAGUAAAUGAAGACAUCACAGAUCAACUGCGGGCAGCACAAGCGACCCUGCAGCUUUUGGAGUCCUUUGAUACUUCAUGCACAGAGGCAGCAGCCAAGUUACAACAGCACAGAGAGCAGUGCACUCAGCUCUUGGAUGCUCACAUGCCUGAGGAUAACAUGAUAGAAACCCUGACGAACAGGAUACAGGAUUUAAGGAAUUUACAGCAGGACCUUCUAAACGUAACAGUGUGCCGUGACCAGAUUUCUUUGAUGGCUGGUAGCAUAAAACAGCAGGCUGGAGUAGCUGUACAAGCCUUUCUGUUGGAGAAGAUGGAACCACUCCAGAGACCAUUCUAUUUGGAAAAGACAGUACAGAGGAAGUUACAUGAAUUUGAGUUCAAUCUUCUACAACUGGAGGAUUUCAACAACUGCCUUGAAACACUGGAGAGUAAUGUCAACAAUUGCAUAGAUGCCUUUGAUAGUCUCUGUCUAGCGGGAGAAACAGACGACUCAGAGUUGCUUACGAAUCAAACCCUGAAGCUUGCUGCACUUUCUCCAAGCAUAGAGAGUUUGAAUGAAGCAAGCAUUAGGUUGCCACUUAGUGACUUCAUCCUGAAGAAAAUGCAGAGCCUGAUUCGGAAGUGGAGUCAGAAAACAGCAGCUGCUCUGGAAUACUGCAGCAUGGAAACUGAAAACGAUGAAAAGUUCUUUCAGAAAUGUGAAAACUGGAUGAAAUUCCUAGAAAAAAUGAAAGAGACCUCAAAAACAAAUAUUCCAGUACGGUUUGAAGAACUCCAAGAGCAGCAAAGAGUGUAUGAGAUGCUGCAAACUGAGAUUUCCAUAAAUCAGCAGACAUUUAAUUCUAUCAUAGCAAAAGUUCUACUCUCCUUGGAAUCUGAACAAGCAGCGCCGCAAAGAACAAAGUUUAUUUCCAAGCUCACACUGCUGAAAGAACAGUGGCAGAAUGUCAUCCGGAUGGUUCAGCAGAGGAAGAUGGAUAUUGAUGGACGCAUGAACCAGUGGCAGCUCUUCAAGAGUUCCCUGCAGAGUCUCAGCAGACUUCUUGAUGAUACAAACAGCUUCCUUGUAGCUGUGAAGAGUCAGGACUGCUAUAGCCUUUACCAGCUUAGAAUUCUAGUUUAUGAUUGCAAGGCUAAGGCAGUGAUUCUUCAGAGGUGGCAAGCCAUGUACUCAGUAACCAUUGAUGUUGGGGAGAAAUUGCACACUGUUUCCGAUCCAGAGACCAGCACUCUUCUCCAGGAGCAGCUCAGCCAGUUACAGAAGAGUUGGGGGAACACCCAGACCCUGCUGCAGGAGAAGAUAAUGCAGCUCAGCAGCACCAUACAGAAUUGGGACUGCUGCGAAAAGCAAACAAAGGAAUUAGAAAGCAGGCUGCAAGAGCUAAAGGAGAAAAUAAAAGAUCCACUUCCUAAUGAACAUGAAGAGCUCUACAAAGCCAAGGAACACAUGAAGGAGCUGGAGCAGUUGCUGGCAGACUGGGCCCACAGUAUGAAGGAGGUGCAAGCCUGGACGGUGAAGCUGGCGGAGUGCGUCCUCACCGAGGAUGCGUCGGUGCUCAAGGAGCACGUUGAGCAUCUGCACAGGCAGUGGGGAGAGCUCUGCUUGCGGGUGUCUCUGCGUAAGCAGGAGAUCGAGGACAAGCUCAAUGCCUGGAUUGUGUUCAAUGAAAAGAAUAAGGAGCUGUGUGCCUGGCUGGUACAAAUGGAAAGCAAAGUAUUGCAGACUGCAGAUGUUAGCAUUGAAGACAUGAUAGACAAAUUGCAGAAGGAUUACAUGGAAGAAAUAAAUCUGUUCAGUGAAAACAAGCUUAAUUUGAAACAAAUGGGCGAUGAGCUGAUAAUGGCUAGCAAUGAGAGCCGGGUUGCAGAAAUCAAUGAUAAACUCAACAAAAUCAGUGAUCGCUGGCAGCAUCUCUUUGAUGUCAUUGGAGCACGGGUGAAGAAACUGAAGGAGACGUUUGAAUUUAUGCAGCUGUUGGACAAAAACAUGAGUAACCUUCGCACCUGGUUGGCCCAGAUUGAGUCUGAGCUUUCCAAGCCUGUGAUUUAUGACAUCUGUGAUGACCAAGAAAUCCAGAAGAGACUGGCAGAGCAGCAGGAUCUGCAACGAGACAUAGAGCAACACACCGCAGGGGUGGAAUCUGUGUUUAAUAUUUGUGAAGUCCUACUACACGAUUCAGAUGCGUGUGCUAAUGAGACAGAGUGUGACUCCAUCCAGCAGACUACCAGGAGUUUGGACAGACGGUGGAGAAACAUAUGUGCCAUGUCUAUGGAAAGGCGAAUGAAAAUCGAGGAAACCUGGCGCCUAUGGCAGAGGUUUCUGGACGACUACUCUCGCUUUGAAGAUUGGCUAGUAGCAUCAGAAUGGAUAGCAGCUAGGCCUAAUUCCUCAGAGGUUUUGUACACACAUGCAAAGGAGGAGCUGAAGAAAUUUGAGGCAUUCCAGAGGCAAGUUCAUGAACGACUCACUCAGUUGGAGCUGAUUAAUAAGCAGUACAGGCGCCUCGCCCGCGAGAACCGCACAGACUCAGCCAGCAAGUUGAAGCAGAUGGUACAUGAGGGCAACCAGCGCUGGGAUUAUCUUCAGAAACGAGUCGCUGCUAUUCUGAGGAGACUCAAGCACUUCACCAACCGGAGAGAUGAAUUUGAGGGGACAAGAGAAAGCAUCCUUGUUUGGCUCACAGAAAUGGACCUCCAGCUGACAAAUGUGGAGCACUUCUCAGAAAGUAAUUUUGAUGACAAAAUGCGCCAGUUAAAUGGUUUCCAGCAGGAAAUAACACUAAACACCAAUAAGAUUGAUCAGCUAAUCGUUUUUGGGGAGCAGCUGAUUCAGAAGAGUGAGCCUUUGGAUGCUGCUGUGAUUGAGAAUGAAUUGGAAGAACUUCAUCGAUACUGUCAGGAAGUGUUUGGGCGAGUUGCCCGCUUCCAUCAAAGACUGACUUCAAGGCAUCCCGGAUUGGAUGAUGACAGAGACACCUCUGAAAAUGAGACAGAUCCAGAAGACUCCAGAGAAAUCCAGAAUGAUCCCUGGUGUAAGAAGGCCAUCAGCGAGGGGCCCAAUUCAGCACAGUCCCUUUGCCACCUUAUGCCCCCUACUCAGGGUCAUGAAAGAUCAGGCUGUGAAACCCCUGUCAGUGUUGACUCCAUCCCACUUGAGUGGGAUCACACAGGUGAUGUGGGAGGUUCUUCCUCUCAUGAAGAUGAAGAAGAAGCGACAUACUACAGUGCUCUGUCAGAUGUAGAAAUCACUGAAAAUCCUGAGGCAUAUCUUAAAAUGACCACAAAAACUUUGAAAGCAUCUUCUGGAAAGUCUGUUUCAGAAGCUCAUCCUUGGCGUUCUCCAGACAGUCCCGUCCACAGGAAACGCCAAUACAAACAGGCAGAAGUGGCUGUAAAUAUGUUGUCUGAUCCAGAGACAAGUACUCGCUAUAAGCCAGACUAUGUGAAUCAGCUCAGCUCUGCAAGCAGCAGCAGCAUCAACAAUGAGAAAAUUACGACUCCUGACAUGAAUGAUGAAGAACCCCAGUUUGAGCAAGAGCUUGUGAAUAUAGCAGCUGCAGAGCAGUCAGACAUUAUUGAUAGGCAAGAGCUCAUCCAAGCUCAAGACUUCAGAAGUGACCUUGAAAUAAAACAGAAAUUGCAGCAGUGGCAGCAGCUGAACUCAGAUCUCAGCAACAUCUCUGCUUGGCUUGAUAAAACGGAAGAAGAACUGGAGAAGCUGCAGAAAGAGACAACUCAAGUCAGCAUGCAGGUGUUGGAACAAAGGGUCAAGAAAUUGAAGCAACUACAGAAAGAGCUGCUGGAACAACAGCUUAAAGUAAACUUGCGUCAAGAACUCACAGCUUAUCUGCUGCUUAAAUCAAAUGCUGAUGACAUUGAAACUGAUGAGAAGGUCCAUGUAAUUGGAAGGAAACUGAAAGACCUUAUUGAACGGGUUUCAUGUGACUUAAAAACCAUACAAGGAGAUCUGGGUACCAGAGCAUUGCUGCUAGUUCCAGAUGACUUGGACUCAGGGGUCUAUAAUCAAGUCACAGAGAAAUCCAACCCUGCUGCGAAACAGAUCACCGUACAGAGAGCUUCAGGUGACAAAAAAAGCAGCAGCAGAAGAGGCGAAAGCCAUCCACAACCUACUCAAGCAACUCCUCAGACUCCCUACUUCUUUUACCGUGUAUUGCGAGCAGCGUUUCCACUUCAAUUGUUCCUUCUACUGCUUUUACUAGUGGUUUGUAUAAUUCCAUCUUCUGAAGAAGACUACAGGUGCACAAGGGCAAACAACUUUGCCCGUUCUUUGCAUCUGAUGCUGCAGUAUCUUAAUGGGCCUCCACCAAUUUAGGAAGCAGCCCUUGCCUCUUCAGUUAUACCAAAAUGCACUCUUUUGGACUUCUAAAUAAACUGUAAGCAAC